ACUUGCCUGGUACAUUCUUCCCGUUUCACGUGUCGUAGCAAGCCGUGCCGUCUUGUCAUUAUCUUAUCUUUUAUCAGCCUUUCAACUCCUUCAGAAACGCUUCUUGUACCAGGACGAGCCCGUUCGGGAACAUUCAUCCAAGGGGAUUUGAAUCUACACGUCAAUAUUGGCUCGAUGACGUUGCCAUCAAGAAAUGGCACAGCCAUUGAAGGCAUCAUGGAUGCGUUCUCGUCCUACGUGUUUAGUAGCAUGCCCGCUCACUUGAUCUACGUGCCUGAGAUGAGGCUUGUGGAUCGGAGCGAGGUAUUCAACAUAUACAAGCCUGCAGUCGAGGCCGUCACGGAGGAGGACCUGAAGGGGUUUUCAGGAUCCUGGUCGAGAGAAGAUUCUUUACAGAAAAUGGUCAAGCACAAGGUCAAAUUUGCAACGUUCUCUCACCGCUGGCUUAAUACCGGAGAGCCCACAUUCCAGGACAUGUCCGAAUCGCGAAAAUAUAUGUUGAAAAAUCUCGCCGGAUAUCACAAAUUGACCAAGUUUUGCGACAAAGCAAGAGAGUACGACUGUGAAUUGGCUUGGUCGGAUACUUGCUGCAUCAAUAAGGAUAGCAGCGCGGAGCUUGAUGAAGCUAUUCAAGCGAUGUUCAGCUGGUACCGUACCGCCACCGUUUGCAUCGCAUAUCUUGCAUGCUCUUCCAGCGUGUUGGACUUUGUACAGGAGCCUUGGUUCACCAGAGGAUGGACGCUGCAGGAACUUCUUGCACCGAAGAGGAUAAAGUUCUACGGACAAAAUUGGGAACCCCUCAGCGACAAUCCAGAUGACAAACACCCUAAAUCCACCACACCCGACGUCGAAAAAUCGACACCAAUCACUUCUGAUAUUCUCACUGCCAUCACUCGCUUAACGGAGAUUGGAUCGCACGAUCUCACCGAAUUCUCGCCCGGUAUCUCCUACGUUCACCAAAGGUUGAGGUGGGCAUCAAAGAGGACGACCACACGCAUCGAGGAUAUAGGCAUACUCCCUCAUUGGCAUAUUCGAUGUCAGCAUGCCGAUAACAUAUGGAGAGGGUCAGCGAUCCUGGUUCCGGUUGAUGGAGAUCAUCUUGCAACAAUGCAGGAGUUGGGAUAUCUUCGCAUGGGCGGGCGAAUCGUCACCAUAUUCCUCUGCGAUACCACGCUCGCCCAAAGGUUAUGACGCUUUUGAUGUGCACAGCUUCAGAGAACUGCACAAGGCUCUUGACAUGGGGAAGGUGGAGGGAAGAGUCGGAGAAGCAACUCCUGGUCUCCGUGGUGAUCAUGCGUUCGGGAUGACAAGACACGGGUUGCAGAUGAAGCUUCCGCUUCUUUACGUCGUGUUCGACCGCCCGAAUCAAGUGGCCACUAUUCACGCCCAGACGACUUCAGACUACCUCAGGCGAUCAGAGCCUCGGAAUCUCGCUGUGCGAGUUAUAUGCCGCCAAUGGGUACCAAAGGCAGAGGUCUAUUGUCUCG